GCUUCGGGGACGAGGUUCGCGGGUCAGGCUGGAGCGCUCACUCCUACAGAGUCACAGUGGGCAACUUCGAAGGACCUGGAGGCCAGUUUUCCAUCUACAUGACCCACCCAGGAUGCUGCACCAGCUUUCCAAAUGAAAAGAAGUAGGAAAAGCCAAAUAGUCCUUGAAGACAGCCAUAUGGAAUAGUAUGGCAGAAGUUGCUUUGAGAGAUGGGAAGUGCUAAGGAGCCAGAGACAUCUCAGUUGCUGAAACAAGAAGCCAUUCCAGAAGAUGCAUUGCAUCCUAGCCAUCUGGAGAAAGACAGCUGCCACCAGAAGAUCCGGUGCGAUGGAGGAGAUCUUACCAUGAGGAAUUGCUGUAUAAAUGAUCACAGCAGCAAAGAGAACCGUGAAGAAGACACUGGGGCAGACAACCCAAACCACAAGGAGAAGGCUUCACCGUCUUCUGUGGGUCUAGUUGCUGCCAGAGACACCAUAGCUCUUAAAGAUUCAACUGAUGGAAAAAUCCUGUUGGAUGGGGAAGGAGAAAAAAAUACCAGUCACGAUUUGUGCCACAGCAGCAAACAGGGCCCAAGCCUGAUGGAGCAUCCUGGCAGUCCAACUAAUGCUUGCAACUCUUUGGAAAGGAAAGGAAGCCCUGCUGCUAUGGAGGACAGCACGCAUCUCCCAUCUGAGUCCUGCCUUAAGGGAGCUGGUAAGGACUUAUCCACUGCAGCAUCCUCCCUGAAACAUGUUGCAUUUCUCGAACCGGUCAAAAACAAAGCUGAGGCAGAAAGCGUCAGGGUGGGAACAGGACAUUCUGACGUGGACCCAGCACUUCCCACAUGCCUGGAGAACACAAGCCAAGAGCCAUCUCACCAUUGCACAGGAGAGACCUCUCACUUCAGCAGCACCAGCACCACCACCACCACCACCACCUGUGAAUCAGUCGGGGAACUCUUAAGUAAAGGACACAGUGAGCCUCUCACAUCAGAAGCUGUCAGGAAAUCUGCUCUAGAAUCUGUUGCAGCUGAAGCCAUGCCAGGGAAGUUAGGUGAGCCUGUAGCAGAAAAGAGCCAAUUGGAUCAGAGUGGGGAAAUAAAGUUUACUGCGCUGGAGACGAACAUAGGUGGGGGUCCCAGUGGAGCAGCAGAGGUCUUAAUCCCUGCUAGUCCUCAAGAAGUUCUACACCCGGGGGCAUCAGGUGAGUCCCAGUCAACCCCGGGCGAAACAGCUGAGCAGACAGAAGGGCUUAAAAAAGUAGCACUCUCUAACACUAAGGGUCAAAAUCCAGCUCAGGAACCACAGGAUCCAAAAGCAGCCAGUGUGGCUACAGGUGAAGAGCACACGACAGGUGCACAGGGGCAGUCUGUGGAACUCUUUGCCAAGACUUGCUCCCUUGAGGUCACUCCUCCCCAGCAUGACGCUGGGACCCAGGUUGACAACCGUGUCUCUGUGGUGUCAGUAGCCAUCAGUCCCAUCAACCCGCCGGAUGGUUCCACAGCCUUCGCCUUCCACUCCCAGGGUUUGGGGGGCUCCUCUUUGAAGAGCCCUGGCCCAGAGCAGAAGCCAGCCAAGAAGGAUGUGGAGAUGCAAGUGUCCAUCCCUGUGGAGACCAGGUCGGUGGCCACAGGGCCCAUGACUCCUGUGACCAAAUCGCCCCAAGCAUCGUAUCCUGAAGUGCACGUGAAAGGGGCACAGGAAGAGGCACCAGAGCCUGUCCGGGAGGUCAGCUGGGACGAGAAAGGGAUGACGUGGGAAGUAUACGGGGCCUCCAUGGAGGUGGAGGUUCUGGGCAUGGCCAUUCAGAAGCACCUGGAGAAGCAGAUUGAAGAGCAUGGCCGACAGACGGUGAUGACACCUCAGAGCACUCGUUCCAGCUCCAUCAAGGGGGGACCUCAAAAGGGGGAGGUCAAGAGGCAGCCCAGCGUGUUCAGGGCCCUCCUACAGAACGUGCGGCGACCCCGCUGCUGCUCCCGGGGAGGGGCAGCCGUGGAGUGAAGCAGGCCCUCACCUCCUGUUAGGCUUUUUAGCCGUUGGUAGAAGUGAAAGCCAAUGUUUUGUAGUUUCUCAGGCAACAUGUGGGAUGAGCCUUUUUUUUUAUAUAGUCUCUUGAAGCCCAAGUGUAGUGACACUUUUGUUUCCUGCACUUUAGAAGAUACUGUGAAGUCUCCUGGAAAAAAAAUGCAGGUCAAAUACUUACCUUUGCAAGGGUGGCACAAACAGGGCCUUGCAACAUUCUGCUGGAUAGCAGUUGUCCCUGGGCAGAAGUAUGGAUGCCCCAGAAGGCAAUGCUCACCCUUGGAGCCUGCCUUCUUGGGACAUUCAAACGGUAUCAAGCCAAAAUUACACGCUCAAUAGAUAACACUCCUUCCUGUCAACCUGUCUGUUUUGCUGCAAACCAUUUUAAGGAUAUAUUUGUCAUUUAUAAGGAAACACUGAGGGUCAAAUAAAGACCCCAUUCUUCUUAAAGGAAGCUACCCAAGAUGCAAGAGAGCUUGAGUUGGCGAUCAGCUAGCAAGGAAGAUUCAUCUUCCUUAUAUAAAUGUGUUAGGAAUAUACACAUACCCAGGUGCCCAAGAGCUAAAUGAUAUGUGGUGGUCACUAUAGGUAAAGUAGUUGCCUGUGUGCAUCCUGUAAUGGAUGCAUUUACUUAACCCAUAGACCGAGCUGCUUCAUCAGAGCUUGGAAAUAUCCCCUUCUAAAACAAUAACUCUGGGGAUCUUCCAAAUAGCAUGGCUUGGGGAUGGUUAAAAUCCAAAAAAGGAACUUUUCCAAGUGGUGCAUCUAGCACACAGUGGCUAGCAUGGCUCACCAGGCCCCGAGUUGCUGUCAUCCUCUAACUCUUCAUGUGAACAGCUCCAAUUGACGUUUCAGUCUUUUAAUAUAGGGUGGAUGACCUGUAAAAUACCUACACUGGCAAGGACCUUACUGGUAACCACAUCUUCCCUGUGUUCUGGUACAAAUUGAAUAGGCAAGCCCUGACAUCUUCUGAACUUCAGGAACAUGCUGGCAACAGCUGGCCUUCAUGUCAUCUGUGUCAUGUAGAAACCAAGCUUUGAACCCGAACUCUCAGGGUUCUCCCAAAAUUUAAUUUCCCCUAACUCUGUGUUGGAAGUAAAUCUGACAGGCAUUGUGUAGCUUCACCACCAUUAAAAGCAAAAACUAAGCAUGCCGUUUCCUAAACCAAUUGUAAGAUUAUUUCCUUUUUCUGAAGGAUAUGGUGGAUGUUUUAACUGUCAUGACUGAUAUUGGACAAAGGCCUAAAAGCUGUCUCUGAAGACAAACUUCCAGUCCCUUUCCAACCAUUUCACCCCCCCUUAAACUUCUAUGUGCAACACUUGCCCCUGACACCCAGUCCACUGUGGUGCUGCUGGACACAGAGCUUGAAGAAUGGAUGGAAGGGGGGGGGAGGAUUUUUGUUGUUCUUGUUGUUUUUGGACUACAACUCCCAGAAUACUCCCACCAGCCUACCUGAUAGCUUUGCUGGCUGGAGUAUUUUGGGAGCUGUAGUUCAAAAAAGAGAGAAGUUUUCUGUUUCUAAUCACUGAAUGAUGAUUGUGAGCUGUGAGUUUACCCUCCCCUGAAGGCAGGAUGAAAGAUAUUUAGCUGUCUUUUCCUUCUGUGCCUCUCACUGCUGGUCUGGCGUUUCCAGAGAUGACUGUGAAGUCUGACUGAAUGCAAAGCCAAGGAAACUAGACUGAUGGCGGACAGCUCUUUGCAUGUUGGCUGCAUCAGCAGAGAUAGCUUUUGAGGCUGGAUAGGCGGAAUGAAGCUGCUCAUUUCAUUCUCAAACCACAGGUGGUCAUGCAGCUUAACCCUCUGACCAAGACAUGAUCAGUGGUUCUCUUACUUGCAUUUAACCCAGCAAAUGGGCAGUGUUAUCCUCAGGCCAUCAGCAGUUGCCCAGAGUGAAUGUAGAUGAUGGAACUGACAGCAUGUUGCCUUGGGUCUUGAGUGGAUUGUUGCCAAAGGCUGCAGGUCAGAACUUUUUUUUACAAAAUGAAGAUUUUUAUAUCCCUUGGUACAGUUGGUAAAGAAACUGGUGACAGUUAAAUUUCCCCACUAUCCAGAAGUAACCAUUAGCCUUUUUAGCACCAUGCGGGGAAAAGUCUAAGUGGAUCAGACCAAAAACCUACCUAGUCCAGCAAGCAGAUGAGAACUUUGAAAUUUUGUUGUUUAUAUUACAAGGUCUAGAAUCUGCACCCUUGCCAUGCUGACUGGGGUUUUUGGGGAGUUGCAGGACAAAAAAGCAAAUAUCCAAGCUCUAAGCCAGCCAGCCAGCUCCAUAGAGCAGGGCAAGAAGACAGAACUCUGAUUUUACUGGAUGUCAUCACCAUUGGCCUGCAGGAGUCGGCUGUCCCUGUGAUUUAAGCUUUUAUGGUUAAUCAGUUGAUACAAAAAGGCCUCCAUUAAUUUGUCCCAUUUGUUUUUAAAUCCACAUUGGCUCGUGGCCAUCACUGUUUUGCACUGUUGCGAAUUUUACCCAGUCUCACUUCUAGUGCUGCAUGCUCCUGCUUGGGAGUGAGUCCCACUGAACUGAAGGGGAGUUACAUUUGAGCAGAUAUGCACAGAAUUACACUUCGUAUAGAACUUGAGAUGUUUAUGUGCUGGAGCAGGCUUCAUGAGAUGAAAAUUCUUACUCAUGAAAGCACAAUGCACUGUGUAUCUUUACAGUGCCACCAGAUCCACUACAACCAGAUAUCAUAUCUACACUGCUGGCAUGCAGUCUUUGCAGUGUAACUUUUAAAAGUCAAGUCUUUUCAGACUGAGAUUAGUAAUUCUGCCUGUGUGGAAUUUCCCAUGGAGUCACUGUAGAACCUACAGAUCUGUGUGGUUCAAAGUUUCUCUCCUUUAUAGCUGUGAGGCAUUGCAGAAAAAGCAAAAAUUGAAUCUGUACCCAUUCCUUUCUGUUUUAAUUAUGUUCUCUCUUGCAAUGCUAGUUCUCACCAAUCACAGAACUAAGGCAAUAUGAUGGUGGUGAUCUCCACAUGUAUGUUUUGACUAAAGUCCGCAGAAUCCCCAAGCUGGGUAAUCAAGGCAUUGUAGUCCCAACAAGUACAUUUUCCAAGUUCUGAACAAGCAGCUGCCACUGCAUUCCUCCAAUUAUGAUGUCACCCUUUUAUGUUCAGAAGCGUUCUUCCUCCCAUUGUUGGCUUGUUGCCAGUAAUAUUCUGCACACUGGAAAAUUCUGAUACAGCGUAUUUCAGGAUAAAGCAUCCCAUGAAGCAACUUAAAACAAAAUAAGCAAAUCUGUACCAUAUUCAGAUGCAUCAUUUUUGUUGUGUGUUCAAAAUUUGACCUUUCUUGACUGUGGAAAUGACUGUGUUGUGUUUGGGAUAAAAUAGAGCCAGUUUCAGGGUUAACUCAAGAGAAAGCGAGCUCUUCCUAGGGUGGAAGAUACAGAAGACAUAUAAACCCUUUGUCCUUCUCCUGUAUCCCAGUGUGCCUAUUCAGGCCCAAUGACCAUCUCUACUGCACCUUUGAGAAUCUGUCACCUAGAUUUUGAACUUGCAAUUCAAUUUUGGGAAGGAUUUUCGGAAGUGAGUUAGAAUCAUAAGAUUUGAUUAGUCGCAUCCCAGUGGUGUCAUCUUGGAUGCAUAGGCCAGAGUGCUGCUGCCACCCCACAACCAACUUGCCUGAGAAACUCAUCAUUUGGAAGGAUCCAUGUCUUGGGUGUGAGAGUGUGGGGCUUGAUGCGUGCACCAGCUUGUGGGCAUGUGUGUGUAUGCGUGUGUGUGUGCGUGCAUGCACACGUGUGCACAUUCUUUACCUCUUUGCAGUCCAUGCUCCCACCGUCCCGAGAGUAAGGAGGUCUGAUGCCAUCAGAAACUUUUUAUGUUCCUUUUUUUUCAUGGGGUCUGGGUGGGCAGGGAUCUUUCACUUAUAUGUGUUGGAAUAUGGGGGCUUUUUAAAAACUAUUUCUCUUUACUCUGUUGUGUUUCUUUUGAAUCAGAUUCUUGUUUCUUAGAAAGUGUCUUGAGGAUGCUUUUUCCUUCUCUCUCACCUACCUCCGCUUCCCACCUGCUAAUAUUUUACACAUUGGGAUUUGGCACUUUGUGGAAUUCUCCAUAAAAAUAGAAGGAAGGAGUGGAUGGGGCAGAAUAGUUGAUACUGUGCGUAAAAGAAGAGUAGAGAAUGGUUGCAUUCUAAGCUUGGAAAGAGUGGUUUCUGGGCCACAACUUCCCAUGCUAGCUGGGCAGUUCUGGAAGUUGCAGUGCAAAAAAUUAGCUUCAGCAGCUUCUCUUUUGGGGGUGGGGAGUUAUUUUUUCUCCAGAAUAGCUGCACCAACCAUACUUUUUCAAAAGAGCAUCCAGUUGGCAAACACAGUGUGAAAAAAAUUCAUUCCUCUUGAUAAUGAACACCUUCCCAUUUCUAGUACUAUUCAUAUUUUUGCCAGAAAGGACCGUGUCAGUUUUAUUUCACAGAUCUCCCCAGCUACUUAAGAAUUCUAGUUGUCAACAUUUUUCUGUGACUGGGCUCCUGUUUCUUAGGGAGUUUCACGACAGGAAGAAAUUCAACGGAUUUCUCUUUUCCCAGUUUGAGGUGAGAAGGAAUAGUGGUAUGUUGUUCUGUAUUUCCAACUGUUAUGGGACACCUAUCAGGGGGGAAAAAACUUGACAAUUCUGUUUGAAAUAUGGGACUCUUUUUUUAUACUAAGAAAUUUGCACUUUAAAAAAAGUAUGCCCCUUCAAAACCUCUGAAGACAUUUGGCUGGUGCGUUUCCAGUUGUCUGUGUAACACUACAAGAGGAACAAAUAAACAACUCUUCCUUUGCUCUCAUUUAAUUGGAAAGAAGCCCUGUUCCUUCUCCAGUAUGGCCUUCUCAACAAGAGAGGCAGAAGGUUGUUCCCAAGAUGCAUGAUGUUACUUGGUAAUAUCACAAAGUCCAAGUGACACAUAAGUGGAUUUAGAAGUAAUCUCCUGAGCUAGACAGAGCAGUCAGUGGUGGAGUGGAGGCCAAAGGAACAUUUGCGUAAUCAUCUUCCAGUGAAGAUUGACCAGUGAACUAGCUAAAAAAUUCUGAUAGAGUGAUGCUUGCAAGGCGGUGGGGCUUUUCCAUCUAAUGCCCUCCCAUUCAACUGGGAAGGGCUUGCCUUAAAGCUGGAUUGCCCCUGGACAGCAAUGCUGUGGAUAGAGCACUGAGGAACAGAUUUGGGGAAAGGGAACAUUUCUCCACUGUCAAGGAAGCAAAACAUGGAACUGUUACUUUCUGAUACUGCUGUUCUCAGAAGCCCGUAGUUGGGGGAUUCUGGAAGAUAUUGCCCCGAACUACAGCAUUUCCAAGUUCUGUAAGGAGUUACAUAUUUGGCUUCUCGAGAGAUCUGUAAGUCUCGGUAGUAAGAGACUACAGAGAUUGCACCUGCUUAUUGCCUGUCUGCAGAAGAGACGGCUUGAUCUGCUUUCUCUAAGGACCCUUCCUUCCCUUCAGGUGAUAGUGUGUUAAGACUUUUGCUCUUGGCAGCUUGUGCUUAUGGAUGGCAUCUAGGGUGCAAAUGAUCAGGCCAACCUGAGUACAAAGCAAAACACUCCCACAAAUUUUUCCUGUGUAAACCUGCCUAAUGAUUAGUCUGUUUCUGGCAACCCACUAAAGCUGAACCAGGAGAGUUCUUCUUUGGGAAUAAAUAGACAUAAUGCAGGUAGAAGGAUAGAGUGUUUGUUGCAGUCAUAUGGAUAUAUGAGUUCUUAAUAGGGCCCAGUUCUCAUAGGUAGCUUUGCUGCUAGAAGAAGUGGAGCCAAACCUUAAGAUUUCAGGUGCCUUCUGGAUCAGAAAACAUGGUAGCCUCCUUGCACCCCAAACCAGGAUUUCCAGCACUGGCUUGGGUUUCAGGGAGACUUGUACAGUUCUGCAGACUUAUGUUACAGGAGGUUCAUCCUGUAAUAUGGACGAGAGGAGUAAAAAACGUCCCUUUAGAGAUAUGUCUGAGAAUGUGAGGCAUAGGGAUCUGCCUCUAUGUCUCCAACAAAUGACAGCGUUGUUGGAAGGUAGAAUACUGGGAGUGUUGCAGUUGUAAAUCUGCAUCCCAGUUACAGGGGAAUCCCACAGAACUGCCAAAAACCUUUCCCCUUCUGAUGCCCUGCCUUGUGUGCUGUUCUCAGUAUGGUGUUCACGUGCCAUAUGGAUCUAUAGUACCAAGCAAUGAUGAGUUGUUAACAGUAACUUUGCCUUUUGGUUUCAUCCCCCACUUUUCCUUCUUUAUAUCUUAGGCUAUAAACUUGUAAACAUGGCUGUUGGAUAAUAAAAUUUUCUCCAAAAAAAGA